AUGUUGAUCCAAGCAUCGCGCUUCGUCAACAGCUUCUGGCUGAUCUUCUUCGGCCUCAGCGUCGUCGCGGACCUGAACCUCGUCCCCGGCCUCUCCGGCUUCCUCCGAGCGGUCGCCAAGCGCGGCAAGGAUGACGAGGGCGACGAUCCGGCCGGGAAGAGACGACGACCGUGGUGGCAGGUCACCGUGCCGCACGGCUGGUUCACCCACUUCUACGUCGUCGGCGUGCUGUGGAACGCGGUCGCGCUGUUUCAUUCGCUGAUCGAGUGCGCGUGGGCGGGCUCUGACCCGUCGGUGGUGGGCGCGGCGCUCGCGUCGACGCUCUUCCAGGCGCACGUCACGAGGCGCCUGUACGAGUCCGCCUUUGUGUCCAUCCACAGACCGGGCGGGCGCAUGCACGUCGUGGGGUACCUGAUCGGCGUCGUCUACUACAUCUGCGUCCCCCUCACCCUGGCGCACCCGCUCGCGGCGGCCGCCGUCGUGGGAUCCGUCACCGACGCGUGGCGCCGCGGGUCGAUCGCGUACCUGCUCGAGCCCGUCGACGGGACGAAGCUCGCGGCGGCGGCGGAUGGUAUCCGGCACGUCCUCAAGUUCGCGUUCACCGCAAGCGGGAGGUCCGGCGUGGGCGCGCUGAUGAGCGGCUUCUGCGUCAUGGGCGGCGUGUACGCGUGGGGGGUGGGUAACGCGCACCAGCACAGGUACCACGUCGCGCUCGCCAAGCUCCGCGGCGGGGAAAAGAAGCGAGAAAACGUCGAGAAGAAGGAGCGAACGGGCGCCGCGAAGGAGUACGGCGUGCCCCGCGGGGGUUGGUUCGAGUCGGUAUCGUGCCCUCACUACGCCGCGGAGGUGUUACUGUACGUUGGGAUCUGCGCGGUGGCGUGCGGGUCGGGGCUCGGCGCGGGGGGGAUCGCGACGGGCGCAGCCGGAUUCGGGCCGGCGGCGGCGCUCGCGCGGACGGCGCCGAUGCUCGCGUCGGUGGCGGGCAACCUGUCAAUCGCGGCGAGACGAAACCACGAGUGGUACCUGCGUCACAUGCCGGACUAUCCCAAGGGCAGGUGGGCGAUGAUACCGGGAAUCCUGUGA